CUACGGGACAUUUACCGGCUGAGCAUGUAAGUUUUGGGCAGCCGAAACGUCCACAAAUAAUCCCGUACAGUGCGCGCGCGUCUGUGGCCUCCACACGACUUUCUAGAUUCUGGCUGGGAUUUUCCGGUCGAUUCUCAGGGUUGUGAAAUGGUGACAAAUUCCUCCUAUCGAAAGGUCUGGCUCCUGCUCUUGGUCAUAAAUAUUGCUUAUUGCUAGCUAAUUAUGACCGUAUGACAAGUCCUCUUGCCAAAAGGGAAAUUGCUUUGAAAAGAGGAAUACAUGGAUUUUUUUCUUAAUGGAAUGAAUGAUGAGGCAUCUGAAUGCCCCUUUAGUGAGAAGGAGAUUAAAAAAUGUCCAUUUUUGAGGAAUAUCAACAAACCCACUUGCUUUUCCUUCUCUUCAGUGAAUAUCCUUGCUCCUGGCUGGGGAGCCAAAGGCCCAAUAUUUGAAGAUGGUCCCAAUUUUGAUAUGGCAUUUAGGCUCUUUCAUGGGAAGGAUGGGGUUGUCCCACUCUUGGGGAGAUCUAACAUUCAUGGUGAGAUUCCAGAAGCUGAGCCUGCACCUCAGUUCAACCCUUUAGCAGUGAAAGCGGCCACAAUAAGUUUGUCGGCAUUUGGUUUUGGAGGACCAUUCAGCUUUGGUAACUUCUCUGAGAAACGAAAGCAGCAGAAGAAGUCUGAGCCAUCCCGCGAAAGGGAACCCCCUUCUGAGAAAGGAAAUUUAUCAAACCACGAGGCGCUGGGAAAUGAGUGGUUAAAAACAGGAAACUGCCCAAUUGCCAAGUCCUACAGAGCAGUCAGCCAUGUCCUUCCACUUGUGGCAACAGCACUUCGGCCACCACCUGGUAUGAAGUUUAAAUGCCCUCCAGCAGUAGUUGCUGCAAGGGCAGCCCUGGCCAGGACUGCCCUUGUUAAAACAUUGCGCCCUCAGCCACUACCUGAAAAAAUGCUAGUAAUAGCUGUCUUAGGCAUGGCUGCUAAUGUGCCCUUGGGUGUAUGGAGGGAGCAUACUCAGAAGUUCUCACUAUCUUGGUUUGCAGCAGUGCAUGCGGCUGUGCCAUUCAUAGCCAUGCUCAGGAAGUCUGUAAUGAUGCCCAAAACAGCUAUGGCAUUGACAAUUGCAGCUUCUAUCCUGGGGCAGGUUAUUGGCUCAAGAGCUGAGCGGCUCCGGCUUAAAGGAGUGGCUGAGAGGGGAAGGGUAACAGCUCAAAUAGAAACUGCAAAUGAAGUCAUAGGUUAUGAUUCCAGCCAGGUUGAUGGCAUCACAGGUGGUCAUUGUGGUUCAGAAGGACUCAAGUACAGCACACUGCCUGUAAAAAAUGACGGGCCAAGUUCAUCGGCAAGUACGUGUUUCUGAUUGUUACUUCGUGAGCUGGGUUUUGAAUAAAAUAAAGUGUGUUCAGUAUUGCUGCCAUGCAAUGGAAGAAAUGGAAGAAUUGAACGUUAAAGAUUUACCCUUUAGUAAUACAUGCUAUUUAACUAUAA